AUGUUCUACUUUCUAGCUCUCUCAUUCGUGAUUUUGAGUGUCUUCACUAGAGAAGGUGUCAGUGGCGAGUACAAGCCAUGUUUGGACAAAGCAGGAUCCAGUUUCUGCAUAAAGCCUUACGAAGAAGGAAUGUGUCAUCACGAAGCAGUGGAAGAACUUAUGAAGGAGGUGUGCGCAGAGACCUGUGCUUUCUGCCCGUAG